AUGGCGGCCUCGAAUAACUUGCGCCCCUCAACCGAUGAGGCCCAGUCCCACUCUCAUCAACCAAGUAAAUUCGAACUCCGACGUGCUGCUCUCGUUGGCGAGAUCGGAGAGUCCUUGGAACAAGUCCUCACACAGAUGAACGCUCUGAAUCGCAGCCUCGAGGGCAUCAUCGAAAUUGGAAACGAAUUCUCCAGCGUCGAAGCGCUGUGGAGCCAAUUCGAGACAGUCAUGGGCAGAUCGCCGGCGGUCGACGAGAACGACACAAGCAACAACCACAACAACAACGGCAGCAACAGCAACAACGCAACUGAAUCAGUGCACACGGCCGCCGGGAGUGGAGAAGGCAAGCAUGGGAAGUGA